AUGGCGGCAGGGAGAGAUUCCACUGCUUCUGGACUCACUUGGUUCUUUUGGAAUAUGUCUGAAAACCCUAGAGUCUUAACCAAGAUUCUUCAAGAGAUAAAAACAAAUCUAUCAACAACAACCGGAAGUAACCAAGACACAUCGUACUUGAACAAGCUGGUUUAUUUACAUUGUGCAUUGAGUGAAUCAUUGAGGCUCUUCCCACCAAUUCCGUUCGAACGCAAGUCUCCAAUCAAACCGGAUGUGCUUCCAAGUGGGCAUAAAGUCAAAUCAGCUACCAAUAUUAUGUUCUUUAUCUAUGCGAUGGGGAGAAUGAAAACCGUAUGGGGAGAAGACGCGAUGGAGUUCAAGCCAGAGAGGUGGAUUUCAGAGACAGGAGGGUUCAAACAUCAGCCUUCGUACAAGUUCCUAUCGUUCAAUGCUGCUCCAAGAACAUGUUUGGGUAAGAAUUUAGCUAUAAAUCUGAUGAAGGCAGUGAUCGUGGAAAUAUUACAGAACUAUGAGAUUAAGGUCAUCAAUGGACAAAAGAUUGAGCCAAAACCUGGUCUUGUUCUUUACAUGAAGCAUGGGCUUAAAGUCACAAUUACUAAGAAAUGUUCGAGUCUGGAGUGA